UUUUAGAAUAACAUUUAUUUUAUAACAGGCCAGUUAAUAUACAAACUGUGCUGUGAUACGCUAUGACGGAAAAAUAAAAUAAUUUUGCAAUAAUUAAACGCGAAGUUUAGUUUUGUAGUGUUUUUUCCUUAAUAUAGUGGUUUAUAUACAAGUGUAGCAAUUUUGUGAAUUAAAGUUGUACCUGCAUGGUGACCUCUCAAUCAUGAAGAUCACACUGGUACUACUCCUGCUGUGCCUCUCAAACAGCUUGGCUUACAAGAUCCUGUGCAUCUUCCCAGCAGCCUCCAAGAGUCAUGACCACCUGUCCAAAGGAGUUGUCGAUGCGUUGCUGAAGGCUGGCCAUGAGGUGACUUGGGCGACCCCGUACGAAAAGAAGAAUGUACCAAAAAACUUGAGGAUCAUAGAUCUCACUGCUACUAGAGCAAUUGUUGAAGGCGUUGACGUGACGGAUACAGACAACCACAGCAUAUCUGUCGUAAGAAACUUCACGACCGCCAUCGCUAGAACUGCUUCGGAAACCCCAGCUCUUCGGAAGGUGGUAGUGGAAGAGCAAUUCGAUGCAGUCAUCACUACUUGGACUGUCAAUGACUUUGAUGCUGGAUACGCAGCCAUCCAACAAGUUCCCUGGAUCCUACUCAGCUCCGUAGGGGUCCACCCUUACCUGGAGAGCAUAGUUGACGUGGUGAGGUCUAUACCGACCACGCCGAUGAUCAUCGCCGAUGGAGAGGUACCCAUGACUUGGCAGAGGAGGUGGUUGAAUGGCCUCAUCUAUAUGCUUAUGACUGUUGAUAGCUGGUUCGACAUUCCCCGUCAAGCAGCCCUCUACGAAUCAAUGUACGCUCCCAUAGCGGCCGCCCGUGGCGUCCCCCUCCCCCCAUUCCUCGAAGCCAAGCACAACGUGUCUAUACUCCUGGUGAACUCCCACGAGUCCAUCGGCACGGCGUACAGCCUGCCUCCGAAUGUGGUGAAUAUAGCUGGCUAUCAUAUUGAUGAGAAUCCUGCUCCACUUCCUAAAGACUUACAAGAUCUAAUGGACAACUCCCCACAAGGCGUGAUCUACUUCAGCAUGGGCUCCAUAGUGCGGUCCACAGCCAUGAAGCCCCACACUCGAGACGCGCUCAUCAAGAUAUUCUCGAAGCUCCCUUACACCGUGCUGUGGAAGUUCGAGGAGCCUCUGGAUAACUUGCCUCCUAAUCUGCAUAUGAGGCCUUGGAUGCCGCAGACUAGUAUAUUAGCACACAAAAACCUCCGCCUCUUCAUCACCCACGGAGGCCUCCUCAGCACACUAGAAGCCAUCCACGCCGGAGUCCCACUCCUAGCUGUACCGGUGUUCGGAGACCAGCCAGGGAACGCGGAGAGAGCACAGCGCUCUGGUUAUGCGGUCAGAGUGAACUACCAUGAGAAUAUGGCUCCGGAACUUGAGGUGGCCUUGAAUGAGAUGCUUAGCAAUGAUUCCUACACCAAGAAAGUGAAACACUUAUCGAAGCUAUUCCGCGCACGUCCCAUCUCUCCGUCAAAACUGAUCUCUUUCUACGUAGAACUUGCUAUUGAAACUAAAGGAGCAUACCACCUACGCUCACUAGCACUACAAUACAGUUGGCACGAGCGCUGGAUGCUCGACUUCGUGCUCGCAGUGCUCGGCGUGCUCGCGGCGCUCGCGUGGCUCGUCAAGCUCGCUGUCACUGCUUGCAUCAGAAGAUUUAGUGGCAAGAAGCAGAGUGCGAAUAAGAAGAAGAAGAAUUAGGUUUUUUU